UAAAUUUGAAAGAAAAAAAAAAGACAAAGGGAGAAGGAAGAAGUCUGGGAGGGGAGUCCCAGAAUAUUGUUUUUUCUCCCGUGACAGUGUCGGUUCUCUGACGCUCUCUUUGUUCAAUCUUUCUUCGUUCUUUCCCUGAAUGCCUUCACCUGUAUUCAGGGUACGCUUACAAACUUGCGGUGAUUUACAAUUUAAGGAGCGAGAGAUUAUAAGGUGCUAUGGAUAUUAAUCAAAACCAUUCUAAGAAAUGAACAUUUUAAAUGAUUGAAGAGUUCUACAAUUAAUCUGAGAAACACUGGCAUGAACUGUAUGGCCUUGGCUCUCGAUCCACUAACCGACCGGUUCACACAUUAUAACCGAUCUUCACAAAGAUGCAGACUCCAAUCUCUAACCAACCUCGACUUCAACUUUCUAGACUUCAACACCAAACCAACUAUUCUCACCUCCUCACACUCCUUCAACCACAGGAGCGUAUCCACUCCAUGCUUCUCCAUAUCAUCUACCAAUCAAUAUGCUUCUCCAGAGAUAGAGAUCCUCUGUGGUGGUCGAAGAGUCUCCACCAUACGUGCCCUUGUAGCUGAAGUAACCAUAGCGUUGGUCUCAGGAGCUCAUCCUCUGCUUCUACCAAGUGGCUUAGGAGGUGCUUAUCUUUUGCAAACGGGACACGGUCACAGCAUUGCUGUUGCAAAGCCUGUUGAUGAGGAGCCUUUAGCUUUCAACAACCCCAAAGGCUCUGGUGGCGGUUUGAAACGGUCUAUCCGGGUGGGUGAAUCCGGCAUCCGUGAAGUGGCUGCUUACCUCUUAGACCACCAAGGCUUCUCCAGCGUCCCACCAACAGCAUUGGUCAGAAUCUCACACGUUCCCUUCCAUAGCAAUGAUGAUGGUGAAGCUGUAGCCUCUUUGCAACGGUACGUAGGUCAUGAUUUUGAUGCAGGAGAGCUUGGACCAGGGAGCUUCACCGUUGGUUCGGUCCAUAGGAUUGGGAUACUUGAUGUGAGAGUCUUGAACCUAGACAGACAUGCUGGUAACAUGUUGGUGAAGAAGAUACAUAACCAAGAUGAUGAGAGUUGUUGUUACAAUGGAGUUGGAGCUGCUGAGCUUGUGCCUAUAGACCAUGGUCUUUGCCUACCUGAAUGUCUUGAUGAUCCUUACUUCGAAUGGCUUAACUGGCCUCAAGCUUCUGUUCCGUUCACUGAUGCUGAGAUUCAGUAUAUAUCGAAUCUUGAUCCUUUCAAAGACGCAGAGCUUUUGAGAACCGAGCUAGGGUCUAUACAAGAAGCUUCUAUAAGAGUCCUCGUUGUUUAUACUAUGUUUUUGAAACAAGCAGCUGCUUCAGGGCUGUGUCUUGCAGAGAUAGGUGAGAAGAUGACUAGAGACGUCUGCAGAGGUGAAGAGAGUUCUAGUCUGUUGGAGAUUCUCUGCACCAAAGCAAAAGCAAGCGUGUUUGGUGGAAGUUAUCAAGAAGAAGAAGGUGGUGAUGAUGAUUAUAGUAGUGAAUGGGAUGAAGUUGAGGCUGAGUUAGAGUGUUGUAUUUUUAACUUUGAUGAAGAAUUUGAAGAGCUUACAGAAGAGAUGAAUCAGGUGUCUAAACCUCCUUUGUUUCCAAGAGCUCCAUCUUUCUCAGCCAAUCUAUCUGCUCUCAUGAUGUGUUCUUGGAUUGGUACUCAUGAUAGGAGUCUGGUGAGGAGCAAGAGCCACCCGGUCUGUGUGAAUCAUGAUGACACUGAAGGUGUUUAUUUUGGAGACAUGAGUGAGGAUGAAUGGGAGAUGUUCCUGCAGAUGUUCCAGAUGCUUUUGCCAGAAGCACUUGAAGGGUCAACAAGCAAGGGACCAAAGCCAAGAUUUGGUUCUUCCUGCAAAUUCUAAGGAAGCAGUUAUUAAAGAAAGUAUACGGUGACAAGAACAAACCAAAACAGAGAUGAGGUUAAGAUGCAUGUGUUUAUACUAUUGACUUUAAGAGUGUAGGCUUAAAACUAUUGACUUGAUACCAUUAGAAGG